UGUCUGUUGGGGGACAAUUUUUGCUAGAUCGCAUAUUACAGGGUAUGGCUUUACAACAGUGUAACACGAUGUCAAAAUACAAUGACGGGUAGGCCAUCAUAAAUAAGAAUUUGUUCUUAAUUAACUGACUUGCCUAGUUAAAACUAAAUUCCAACAAAUUAUUGUCUGUAUGAGUUACGUUGUCUACUCUUGUAGCAAACCUUUAUUUUGAAAAUGUUGACAGCAUGGCUUUAAUGUCGAGUUCCUGUGUACACGUGUUCAUCACGGGUUAGUUACACAAGUAUUUGUAUACAUUCUGUGGUGGUGGUUCAAGAUUAUUAGCUUUGAGUCCAGAUAAAUAGCUAAACUCAAGCUCGGUUACUUUGCAGACAAUCGUCCGGUUUUCGCUAGCAUCUGUGUUCGCUACUUAUGAGAGCUAGCUAGCUGUAGCUAACAACAUUAGCUAGCUAACGUUAGCAACGUACAGUAGUGGGACUUGGAAGCCAGCUACCGAGUGCAACGUUUCCUCUAUUUUCGUGCUUUGUUUUUCAAAUGCGUUUUUUUAUACAAGAUACAUAAACAACUGCACUGAAGACUGCAAUGUCGUCUGGAGGCCAUCAAUGUAACGUUAGGUGUUGUUCCCACCAACUUGCGUCCCCCAGUGCGCACCAAACAUUGGAUGAAAUGGACUUUGAAAGAGGUAUUUGGUCUGCUGCAAUGGAUGGAGACUUGGAGAGGGUCAAAUCACUCCUCAAGAAGGGUACAGACCCUAACCUAAGAGACUCAGCCAAUUACACUGCUUUGCACUAUGCCAGCCGCAGUGGGCAUAAGUCUGUAUGUAAGUUCCUUCUGGAGAGCGGGGCAUGUGCCAAUCCUCAGACGCCAGGUGGGGCCACUCCUCUUCACCGAUCUGCCUACUGUGGACAACUGGACGUGGUCCAGCUGUUGCUUCACCAUGGGGCAGAUCCCCAGCUAUGUGAUGGUGAUGGAUCCUCCCCUUUACAUAAGGCUGCAGAGCAGAGCCAUGAAGAUGUCUGCAGACUCCUUCUCCAGUGCUGUCCCUCCCUCCGGAGCCACACAAACAAGAAGUCCCAGGUACCUUACCAGCUAGCACCAGAUGGCCAUCUGAAGGAGCUCCUGGAACCCCCACAAUAACACAGGGACACCCAGCUUAACCAAAGUCAACACAACACAUGACUUAUCAGGUUAACUAGAAGAUUAUCUAUGAGGCAGUCACUUGUGUUGAGCUGUUUUGUGUUUGUUUUCUUAAGGUCCACACCUAAACUGGCUGGUAAGGGAUUGAUUUUAUCUGGUGCAGUUCUUUCUCAACCAGCAGGGGGAGCAAGUCUACCAGCAAUUGGUUUACUUUGUCAACUAGCUGUUUCUGCAUGUUCACACUCACAAAAUUCUAUGGCAUGCUGAUCCUGACAUCCUGGCCCUGAAUUUGCUAGGUUUUGAUGGCCCUUGGAUAACUGCAGUAGCACGCGCCUGUUUGUCUGUACUAGCUGCUUUGAGCCAUAGAGCAAGUGCACGUCUGUGAAAAAGAUGUACUGAAAAACUGAUUACGUGGUAAUAAAUUAAUCUGGCAGUA